CUAGUCAACUAUGCUUAAAAUAAGUCAUCAGAGUUCUCGUCACGGUUGGUUUUCCAUUGGAAAUUACGUCGAAAUCAAGACGGCUUAUUAUUAAUAACAUUACUGUAUUAUACUAGUAUAUAUACUGUACUACUUCACGAUAUUCUUCUUUCAUCUUCAGAUUCAAAUCAUAAAGAAACAGAGUCCUAAAAAUGUCGAGUGACGAUGAAUUUUGCGAAUGCAGGCCUUUGGGCUUCAUCAUUGGAUUACCCUUUGCUGUAUUAUCUUUGGUUUUAUCACUCAUAGGAGCAAUUUUUUGGGUUAUCGGGUCAAUUUUGAAUUGUUGUUGUCCAUGUUGCAUAUGCUGCACAGGAUUGGUCAAUGUUGGUGUGAGUAUGGUAAAGCUUCCAGUUCGAGUUCUUAGAUGGUUCAUUGGCCAAAUUCCUUGUUAAUUAGUACGUAGUAGAGGAUAAGUGUUAAUUUGUAGCAUAAACUCUUUUUUUUCUAUUUUAGUUUGUAAUUCCAAUUUGGAAUUAGUUUUUGUGAGGAAUAUAUAGGGAGAUAUAAAGAGCUUCUACUAAUUGAGGUGCAAAAGCUCCUUUUAAUAUAUAUAU